AUGAGUAUGCCAGACAUAUCAGCAUCGGAAUUCGCUACCUGCGACUUCGACUAUCUUAUAGUCGGUGGGGGUACCGCGGGUCUGGUUGUCGCUUCUCGCCUGACCGAAGACCCUAGUAUCACAGUAGGGGUUAUCGAAGCCGGCCCCCCGGGUUUUGGUGACCCUUUAAUAGAUCUCCCAGGGCGUUUCGGAGAGGCAGUUCAUACAAAAUAUGAUUGGGAAUUCGAAACUACUGUCCAGGAAGGGCUCGGCGACAGAAAGCUAGAGUGGGCUAGGGGGAAAGUUCUCGGCGGUAGUUCUGCUAUUAACUUCUUCACUUGGAUGAGGGGAAACAAGCAGGAUUAUGAUUCUUGGGAACAGCUUGGAAAUAAAGGUUGGGGGUGGGAAAGUAUGCUCCCAUUCUUCAGAAAAGCAGAAACAUUUAUCCACCCGGACCCAGAUCAAGAGAAGCACAAACUCGACUAUCGCUACGAAAGCCACGGCUCAUCAGGUUUCAUCCAGACUUCAUAUUCAAAACAACAUGGCGCUCAUCAUGAGUAUUGGCAUGAAACCUUAGAAAAUCUGGGCAUCCAACGUCGUUCGACCUUUGAUGGUUCCAACGUGGGCGUAUGGACCGGUCUCACAUCUGUGAACUCCGAUACGAAAAGGAGCUACGCCGCAAAUGAAUAUUAUUUGCCCAAUGCAUCGCGCGAGAAUUUUAAGGUCAUAUGUGACUCUAUCGCCAGAGAGGUUAUUUUAGAGCCGAUCAACGGGCAGAUGAAAGCAACCGGGGUUCGGUUCGAGUCCGCCGGUUCGGAAUACGUUGCCUUCGUUCGAAAAGAAGUCAUUGUAUCUUGUGGGAGUGUUCAGUCGCCUCUGAUUCUUGAGCUUAGUGGGAUAGGGAAUCCGGACAUACUCACGGCUGCUAAUAUUGAGGUAAAAAUAGAGAAUAAAAACGUUGGAGAAAACCUGCAGGACAGAUUGAUGGUGGCUAUGGUCUACGAAAUCGACCCUGCUAUCCCAAAUGCAGACGACCUAAGAACUAACCGAGAUCUAGCUGCGGCUGCCGACGAGGAGUAUGAAGAGCAUAGAACGGGGCUCAGAACCAUCCUGCCCUGUAGUUUUACGUACCUUCCGCUCUCUCACUUCAUGAGGGAAGAUGAAAUAUCCCGGCUGGCCACCCAAGUAAAGGACUCCUGGGGAGCACAGGCGAACAGCCCGCGAAAUCAGUCCUUAUUGGAAAAGCUAACUUCGAAAGAACCGCUUGGGCAAAUGGAGUUUGUGUUUGAUGCUCGGAACUGGUAUCCGGUGUUCGGACAGGAGGAUGGUAAACAGUAUGGUACUAUGCUACAAAUGUUGCAAUACCCAUUUUCCACAGGGUGUCUCCACAUCCCACCGAAACCAUCGGGAAAAGCGAGAACAACUUCAGAUGACAAACCGGUAAUCGACCCGAAAUACUACCGGGGAGAUGGCUCACUGGAUAGAGAAAUAAUGGCAGCGGGUCUAAAGUUCGGCCAUAAAAUUACCAAAACUGCCCCACUUUGUAAUUUCGUCAGACGAAGGGUAUUCCCCCCUCUCGCGAAGGACGACGAGGAGAAUUUCUUCGAAUAUGCGAAAUAUCAUACGAUUUCGGAUUGGCAUCCGACGGGAACUUGUGCUAUGGGUGGCUCCGAGGGCAGUAAAUAUGGUGUGGUUGACGAACGCUUGAAGGUAUAUGGCACCACAAAUUUACGUUGUAUAGACGCCUCCGUCAUGCCGGUUCAGAUAAGUUGCCACCCACAGGCGACAGUGUACGCAAUCGCAGAAAAAGGGGCCAGCAUGAUCCUUGAGGACUUGAGAAUGCGGGCAACCGACAGGAAAUUUUGA